CUGAGCCAGGCCGGCCCGGGCUAUGGCGUGGGCCGGCGGCUAGCAGGACGCGCGGGCGGAACGGAGGAGCAGUCCAGCCCUCUCCAGCCAGUCCCGCGGGCUGCACAGAUGCCGUGACCUGCUGCCAUGACGGAGGAGCGGGUGCCGCAGCUGGUGGACUAUUUCGUGGUGGCCGGCUUGUCGGACACCUCCAAGCCGCUCGAGGACGAAGGCCAGCCGCCACGGGCGUCCCGUCCCUGCGAGCCCAUCAGUGACGUGGCGGUCAUCAUCCGCUCUCAGGGCGAAGAGGUGCCCCAUGGCUUCACGUGCAUCGAGCGCACGACGUCGGGGAACCCCGUGGAGCUCAACGCCGGCCUGCUCAACAACCCCCAGAUGUACAUCUGCUACAAACGGGGGCGGGACAAACUGCCCAUUGUCGAGUUGGGGGUCCACUAUGACGGGAAGGACCGCCCCAAGACGGGCCACAAGAUCAUCGACACGACUCCCUACAGCCGCUCUGCCAACCUGGCCUCCGGAGGCCCCGGCCACCAGCGCACCUUCCUGACCUUCCGUCGAGCCAGCGAGGGUCAGGGCUACAGCACGCUGGGCGUCACCGAUAUCUGCCUCAUCAUGCCAAGCAAAGGGGAGAGCACGCCCCAUACGUUCUGCCGCGUGGACCGGAACCUCAAUGCCGGCAUGUGGGGCCCGGCUCUCUUUCUCUGCUACAAGAAGGCUCUGGCCAAAGGGAACACCCUGGUGUAUGAAGCAGGUCUCCUCAGCCGCUAUCCCAAAGAGGAUGCCGAGAGCUUCCCGCUGCCCGAAUCCGUGCCUGUCUUCUGCUUGCCCAUGGGCGCCACCAUCGAGAGCUGGCCAGCCGACACGAAGUACCAGCUUCCUGUCUUCUCCACCUUUGUGCUGACUGGGGCCUCGGGGGACAAGGUGUACGGUGCCGCUAUCCAGUUCUAUGAGCCUUUCCCACGGGAGCUCCUCUCAGAACGGCAGUGCUUGUGGCUCAACCUACUCACCGUGGUCGACCGGCGCCCCAUCACUAGCAAGAUGGUGCAGACCCGCAAGAGCAUCUGCGUCUUGUCGCACUGGCCCUUCUUCGACGUCUUCUGCAAGUUCCUCACUUUCCUCUACCGUUACAGCAUCUCGGGCCCCCACGUGCUUCCAAUUGAGGCACACAUCUCCCACUUCAUGCAUAACGUCCCCUUCCCAUCUCCGCAGAGGCCCCGGAUUCUGGUUCAGAUGUCUUCUUACGACAACGUGCUCUUAUGCCAGCCUGUGUCUUCGCCGCUGCCACUGAGUGGUGCCAGUUUCCUGACCCUGCUGCAGACACUGGGCCCCGAAAACGCCGUCGCCCUCCUCGUGGCGAUCCUUACUGAGCAGAAGUUACUCAUCCAUUCUCUGCGGCCGGACGUCUUGACCAGCGUAGGCGAAGCCCUGGUCUCGAUCAUUUUCCCCCUGCACUGGCAGUGCCCGUAUAUCCCACUGUGCCCACUCACCCUGGCCGACGUACUGUGUGCCCCGGUGCCCUUCAUUGUGGGCCUCCACUCCAGCUACUUCGACCUCUACGACCCGCCUCACGAUGUCAUCUGCGUCGACCUGGAUACCAACACCAUCUUCCAGAGUGAAGAACGGAAGCUGCUGUCUCCGCGGUCCCUGCCCCGGAAACCCUGCAAGGUGUUGUUGGCUUCGCUGCACUCCCAGUACCAGCAGCUGGAUGAAAUGUACAAUCGGCCGGUCGAGGAAGCGUCUCUGGAAUUUCUGCUGACUGACUACGACGUCAUCUACGGGCGGCGCAAGCAGCUGGAACUGGACAUCCAGGCCGCCUUCCUUCGGUUCAUGGCCUGCCUCCUGAAGGGUUACCGCACCUACCUCCGGCCCAUCACCCAGGCACCCUCCGAGAAGACCCGCGACUCCAGCAACCUCUUCUACCUCCAGGGCUUCCUGAAAUCGAGAGACCGGGCCUACCACAAGUUCUACGGACAGCUCCUGCGCACCCAGCUCUUCACGCAGUUCAUUGAGGAAUGCUCGUUCGUCAGCGACCGACAUACCUCUCUGGAGUUCUUCGACUCCUGCGUUGAAAAGGUGCAGGUGGAUCUCGAGAAGCCGGAAGAAUCUCCCCUGAUGGAACUGGACGACUCCCACGGCAGCGAGCACACAGUGUUCAUCAUGCCCCCUGAGGAGCCAACGGCGCCCGACGGGUCUGAGCUGCUCCCGCGCUACAAGUACGAUGGUUUCCCCGUGCUCCAGGCCAAGCUCUUUGAGCGCCCCCAGGACCAGCUGAUGCCCUCGCUCUGCCAGGCUCGGAGCAGCGCCCCCAGCAGCCCGGCACCACGCAGGACCAAACAGGAAAUGAAGGUAGCCCAGCGGGUGGCCCAGAAGUACUCAUCGGUGCCGGACAUGUGGGCCAAAUGCCUCCUGGGGCACUGCUACGGCCUGUGGUUCAUCGCUCUGCCAACCUACGUGCGUGGUGCAGCCUCCAAGGUGCGGGCCCUGCAGACGGCGUACGAGGUGCUCAAGCAAAUGGAGACCAAGAAGGUGGUGCUGCCGGAUGAGGUUUGCUACCGGAUCCUGAUGCAGCUGUGUGGGCAGUACGGCGAGCCCGUCCUCUCCGUGCGGGUCCUGCUAGAGAUGAAACGAGCUGGCAUUGUGCCCAACACCAUCACCUAUGGUUACUACAACAAGGCCAUUUUGGAGAGCAAGUGGCCCUCGAGUACUCAGGGGGGCCGUCUCCGCUGGGCCAAAUUACGCAACGUCGUGCUGGGGGCGGCCCAGUUCCGGCAGCCGCUGCGCCUACGCCAGCGAGACAUGGAAGUACAGAGCAUCAGCAGCCAGUCAGAGAGUGGCAGAGGUGGGAGGGCACUGGCCUCCCGGUCCAGAUCCAAUCUGCAGCGGCAGACGACGUGGUCCGGGUACAGCUUGCGUGAAAAUUUGCCAUCGGCAUCUCUGGUGAAGAGCGGCAGCCUGAGCUUCCCGCAACAUGAGGAGGCCUCGAUAGCGGAAGCCGGCAUGACCCGCGCGACCAAGGUGCUGGACCACAGCAGUGACACGCUCCCCGCUGUGCCCCCCUGGUUACGGGGCCUACAGGACGGGCCUGGGAGCUCCGAGGACGGGAGCCUGUCGGACGUCAGCAGCUUCCUGACGGAUGAGAGCGACCGGUUGACCCUGAGUAGUGUGGACGCCCAGUCCGAAGCGGCCAAGUCGGGGCUGAGCCACGCGUCCGAGAACCACGGGAGCGGCACGCCCCGGAGGAGUCUGGCUGCCAAACUGCAGCAGCUGCUGUCUCCCAUGAAGCGGCCUUCCCUCAGGCAUGCCGCCAGUGUGGAGCGCUCGCAGGCACGCCGCGGGUCCGAGCAGCGCGAGCCCCCGCCUCGCCGCAGCCCCUUGGAGGGGCAUUUGCUGCUUCCCCGUGAGCGGCCGGGCUCCACCGCCUCUGAGAGCUCCGUAUCCCUGGGCAGCGAAUACGAUCUCUCGGACACCUCCGUGUGCAGUUUCAACCUCCGCAAAUCCAAUGACCGGCUUUCGGAGUCCCCGGCGGUUGAGACAAAACAAGCCGAAGUUGCUGACCCUUCCCUCUGGCUUUCGGAGUCCCUGGCGGUUGAGGUGCUGCUGUCCAGCUGUUCGCGGUGCCAGGCCUGCAGCUCGUUGGUGUACGACGAAGAGGUGAUGGCUGGCUGGAGCUCGGACGACUCCAACCUCAACACCACCUGCCCCUUCUGCGCCCGCCUCUUCGUGCCCUUCCUCAGCAUCGAGAUCCAGGACUUCCAAGCCCUGCCCAGCAUCACGGACAGCUCUGAUACCAGUUCUGUCUCCUCCGACUGGCCACGAGACACCGAAGCACCAGCCCCGGGGGGGCAGGGCCCUGUGCUCAGCGACCGGUACCACUGCCUGUCCCUGGAUGAAGCCGAGCCCGAACCUGAGAGGGAAUCCAGGGCCGGCUCACUAUGCAACGGCUUCGCUGAGCCCCAGGCCCCUCGAAGCUCCGCCCCCCGCGUGGAGCACCUGACCUUCGCCUACCUGAGCCCCUUGGUGCUGCGCAAGGAACUGGAGACCCUGCUGGAGAACGAAGGGGGUGACUUCCUGUCCCAGCCGGAGCUGGUGGACAACCACCCCAUCAUCUACUGGAACUUGGUGUGGUACUUCCAGCGCCUGGGCCUCCCCAGCAGCCUGCCGCAGCUGCUCCUGGCUUCCAAGCACGUCCAGGCGGUGCCCCAGGGCUCGAGCCAAGAGGUCAAUGUGCGUCUGCUGUGGGAUGUCCUGACGCCGGAUCCCGACAGCUUCCCCCCGCUCUACGUCCUCUGGAGGUUCCACAGCAACGUCCAGACUCGACUGCAGUCGUGGAGGCGGCACAACCACCCCUUCUCGCUGUCCUUCCUGGAUGCCGUGCUGGCUUCCGUCGGGGUGGGCGAGAUGCACAAGGCGAUCGCCCUCUUCCUGGAGACGGUGGCCGGACAGCCCAACCCGGCCUACGUGCAGAGGAGCGUUUACCGGGAGAUCCUCUUCCUCAAGCUGGCGGCGCUGGGCAGAGACCACGUCGACAUUGUGGACUUCGAUAAGAAGUACAAGUCAGCCUACUCCAAGCUAGCCAGCAGCCUGGGCAAGGAGACCCUGAAACAGCAGCGGGCGCAGCCGCUCACCUCCAAAGCCAUCGACUGCCGCAAGAGCUUCGGCGCCAACCUGGAGUGCUAGCAGGGGGACCGCCGUCUCUGCAUGAUGCCUGCCCGCCCCUGCCCGGCACGGUUCCUGCCGCAUAGGAAUAACCCCGGACAGAACUGGAAAUCAUACCAAAUUGCGGGGGGGGAGGGACGGGGGACAAGAGCGCCAGCAUCGCCCUCCCGUGACCGGUGCCAUGUGGGGAGGCUGCUCUCCCGGGUGGGGAUGUCCGGGGCCUCCGCCCCCCCUAGGGGGUAGGGAAACAGGGCCGAGCAGGUCCUCCUAGGGCCAGCGGUUCUGCAUGGAUCUGUUUGCCCCGACCCUGUUAUAUCAGUGGCAGAGGAGGGACGUCAGGCCUUUUGAGUACCAAGUGGUUGUCUGCGGCCAGCCGCCGCGGCAGGAUGGGUGGGCGGGUCUCGGGGAUCACGUGUACAUCGGGGGUUGGGUGGGUGUGGCUUCUAGCCCCGCCCUUCCCGGCCCAGCACUGCACUCUGCACGUGCAUGCCACGCCCGGACCCCGCCCCUUCCCGCACACCCCCGACCCAGGUCACUCCCUAGAGUCGUCUAUUUUCGUGCAGUGUUAUUCCCGGAAGGUGGUUGGCCGGCCAUCUGUUUAUAACAUCGCCCCCCCCCCUCCGAUCCGAUCCCCCGUCCCCGAUCACGGCCAAGUUAAUUUGGGAGCGGGCAGCCCUCCCCGCUCCCCCACCGAAGUUGGUUUAUUUUUUUACCAGUCAGUGUUCAACGGAAAGGAAAGGAAAGCUAUUUUAUAAUUUAUUUAUUAUCGAACCCUUCUUUUUUGUUUGUUUGUUUUUCGGCGUCUGUCCUCACCCUCGUUGCUUGUGCUGAAACCCGAAAGACGGCCAGCUCGAUAAGUGGUAAAUGGUGUGUGGGGGGGAAGCCACCGCC